AUGGAGUACGUCUUGAUUGCUGGUGACAUCUAUAUUCGUCCUGCAAAGAGAAAUCGCCAUGCUCAACAAUUCUGGGAAUCUCUCUCCUCGCGACCCAAAUGCUUUGUGGAUGCUAUGGCAAUUCUCUUUCGCCAUUUAUCAGGCCAAUCUCAGCGUCUCGUCACCAUUACCACGGAUGCCCACCUGAAGGGGCAAUCCACUAUUCAACAACCGUGCAUUCAGCUCCUGGCAACUUGCAAACAAGCAUACAAAGAUGGUCACUACAUGUUUUUCGCGAUGAAUACCUUCCAUUGGCCGCCGGGUCCUGUCAACACAGAAGGUUGGUACGUAAAUUUACAGCCCGAGCACCAGAAGAUGAUCAAAACAUCUUGCAUUGAUUUCCACCUUGCGGACCUCACCUACGGCGAUAUGAACGCUGUCGAAGUUUCCGCCAGGCGCGGUGGGGGCGGACGACCCAGUAACUACGAUGCAAAUGCUUGGAGCUCCGAGGCUAUGUUUGAGCUUGCAGUGAGGAUGUGGAAUAUAAUUCUGUGCUUGUUCAGCCGCUCCACACCCCAGAACCUGCGCCGCUUCGUGGGACUCGAAAGGGUGAUUUUUCAAAGCUCUAUCGGUCGCUGUGUUCUGAAUUCGCAGCUUGGGACAGAUGAGAACGAAUUGGUAUCCCUCGAGUUGUUCGUUGCUGCAGUGUCUCACCACUUCGGGACCAUUCUCCAACUGCAUGUGACCAAGAGAGGAUGGAAGAAUACAAAGAAGUGGUUAGAGAGGCUAAGUUGA